AUGGCUGCCUUGGAAGAACAGAUAUCAUUAUCGACCGGUGUCGGUCCGGAUUUGGUGGAGGUCUUGCUCCCCACAAAGACUGUCCCUUCUUACGAGCAGCGCGUGAUCGGUAGAGUGUCUGAGGUCGAGGGGGUUGAAGAGUUUCGUGGAAUUCCCUAUGCCGUUGUUCCGGGCAGAUGGCAGCACGCAUUGCUUCGGGACAAGCUACCUGCAGAUAUCUUCAAUGCCACGAAGAAUGGUCCGCGCUGUCCCCAGGCUCAAGUGUUUAACAACAGUGAUUUUUACCAGUCGCAUCUCGACUUCCCCAGUGAUGUCGCAGAGUCCGAAUUCGACUGUUUAAAUCUAUUCAUCACAAGACCAAGCGCGCCAGCCCUGAUUGCAGCGGGCAUUGACAAUAGAGCCGUAAAACUUCCCGUCUAUAUAUACAUCCACGGCGGGGCAUACAGUUUCGGUGCAGGAACUGAUCCUAUAUGGGAUCCUGCCCGUCUGGUUAAGAGAUCCAUUGAUCGAGCAACGCCGAUUAUAGUCGCAACAAUCAACUACCGACUGAACAUUUUCGGCUUCGGUGCGUCUACAGAGAUCAUCCAAGCCCAGCCAGAGGGCCAACUUAAGGGCUGCAACUUCGGUCUAACAGACCAACAUAUCGCCAUUCAAUGGGUCCACCAAAACAUAGCCGCCUUUGGCGGCAACGUGGCCCAGAUGACGGUAGGUGGACAAUCAGCCGGCGGAAGCUCGUCUCAUGCGCACAUUGCACAGGCAGUUUUCGGGAAACGAGAUCCGCUUGUCCACCGUUCUAUUAUCCAGUCCGGUGCUGUGGGCGUUUUGGGCCCAAUUACAAUGGAACAGGCUGAUAGACGGUGGAAUACGUUUUGUAAACAGCUGGAUGCACCUGAGGAUCCAACUUCUCGCCUGGCGCAUAUGGUAAAUCUAUCACCAGACAGGCUUCUGAAGGCAUUUUAUGAGUUGGGAUGGAUGGUUAGUCCCCUCGUUCUGGAUGACUUGACUAUGUCAGAAAAUGCUGGUUCGCAGUGGAGAUGGAAUAUACACCUAGGUGGACCGGAAACAGAUGUGAUACCGAAAGUCCCAAGGGACGAUGUUGACCCGAUUGCUAUUCUCAUUGGAGAUACGGACCUCGAGGGCACCAUGCACGCUGGGCAGGUAUCCAAGAUCAAAAGCUACAGCCAUCUUCAGGACCUACUAGCACGUAAAAUUGAUCAAACCGAAUUUCGAGAUCAGUUCUGCGAUUUAUACGGUAUCCACGCCGACAUGUCUCUACCCGAACUUCACGAACAAAUUUACCACUUCAUGACCGAUCUCCAAUUCGGGUUACCUGUGCACCUGGCUCGGAACGAAUUGAGGAACUGUUCUACCAUUGUACAGAAGGUAGCGAAAGACUUCGUUGCCCGUCCGACAAACACACAAUCAUUCCGUGUGAACGUUGGCAACCCAUUCCCAGGACCGAAUUACCAGAAGGCACAACAUUGUGUUGAUUUGAUCUACAUAUACGAUGCUUUUGCGGAAGCGUUGCGCGCUGUGGACGAAAAUUUACCUGCAGGUGUUGUCAAAAACCACGCUUUGGUGGAGUCUUUCCAAGAAGACUGGAUUCGGUUUAUUGCUGAUCCGAUUGAUGUUCGUGAAGAUGGGCGGGGGACAUACUACAAUGCGGAUAGGAUGACAAAUGUGGUGGACGUCGACCUUGAUAAGGAAUGGUCGGAGAGGAGAGUGAGAUAUGAAUUCUUGAACGAGUUUAAUCAUGCUUCGCAGCAAGCGAUGGAGGCAUUGAAUGGCAAUGGACACUCUUUCUAA